AUGAUGGCUAAUGAUGAACGAAAAUUAGCUACAUCAUCACUCAUACCAUUAGAGAUCGAUCCUGCAAGUAUAUUGAGUUUAUCAAAAGGUGUUAUAUUUGAUACAAUUGUUCAUAAUGUUGAAUAUACAUUCAAUAAUCGACGUACAGAUCCUUUACCAUGGAAACUUGUUGGAAUGUCUCUCAUAUGUGAUCCAAGUCGAAAUAAAAAAUAUAUGCAAAAACUUCAAAAAAUGCAGUGUGUUCCAUCAGUUAUAUGUACACAAAUAUAUCAUUCAAAACUUGUAAAAACAGAAUCCGGUGCAUUGACAACACCAGGACGAAAAAUUGUUAUUCCAACUGUUCUACGUAAACGAUUAACAGGUAUUAUUAUCUGUCGCUCAAUCGAUGAAUUAUUAUAUAUGGAAUCUUCAAAUACAGAAAAUGUUCAUUUUAUACAAUAUAAAUUAUUAUCUUAUGAACGUAUUGCAACACGUGAAGUUGUAAAUGGACCAAAAUUACCAUCAAUUGGAGAUAAAAUUAUUAAAACAGUUUUUGAUUUUGAACUAACUCAAAAUAAUGGUUUUCCACGACAAUUAUUACCUGUUGCAAUAAUAUCAUUUGCAAGACAAGAAGGUUGUGAUUUAUGUUUAUCAAUUCGAAAUUUUCUUAAAUUAGAUGAACAUAAAAUAUUCGAUAAAUCAUAUCUUGUAACAUCAACAAAUGUUGAAUUCGAUCGUUUACGUGAAGAACAAGAAAGAAAAGAAGAUGCCGAAGCUGAACAAGAAGUAGCUUGGGAAAAAAUUCAACCACGACAACCACUUGCUGAUUUAUCGAAAAAGACUACCGAUACUGGAAAUGCUCGAUCAACAUCGACACCACAACCACAUCCACGUAUACCACCUUUGACAAUAAAAAUUCAUCGUCCACCAGAACAACCAUUAAAACCAGUUGUUUCCAGUGUACCACUUGAUUUAAAAUUUCAAUGUUUAGUUAAAUUGGAUAGAAUUGAUUUAUCUAUGUAUAAUAUUAGUAAUUUAUCAACUAUAUCACAAACAAAAAAUAAAAAGUCAAAUGAAUCAUCAAUAUCAUCAGAUGUAAUCAAUAAUAAAACAAAACCAUUUACUAUUAGUAAAUCACAUGAACACCAUAAACCAUUGAAACGUUUAAAUACUUCAGAACCAAAAAAACAAUUAACUCGUUCUUCCGAAGUUUCCAAAGAAAAAUCUAAUGAUAAAUCACUAUGUAUUCGUUUAUCAACAAAUAAUAUAACUAGAUCAUUGACUAAAGAUACAAUAAAUAGAAGUUCAUCAUCUAUUUCGUCAAUGUCAUCAAUAUAUGCUCCAAAACGAACAGUUGAAAAAGAUGUACCCAAAAAGAAAGUGAAACGACCAAUUUUACCACCUGAAUAUCGUUGUUCAAUCUCAUUGUCACGAAUUGAUUUAUCCAUGUACAAUCUUGAUUUACCCGCUAUUGUUACUUCAUCUAGUCCUUCUUCUAUGGAUAUCGAAUCGAUAGUGACAACAUCGCCAUCUGAUUCAACGUUAUCUGGACAACAAGAACAAUCUGCAAAUGUACCAGUCGAACAAGAAACUGAUCAAGAUACUAUUCAACCAAUGUUUACGAUGGGACAAGAAAAUGUUGAUGAGUCCGAGCAAGAAAUAACUUCCGCUAUUAAACAAUUUAAUGAUAUAAAUACGAAUGAAACUUUACAACCUAUCAUUGAUGAAUAUCUAUUAUCAGAUAUUAAUGAAUCGUCAUCAAUUACUACUAAUACCGUUCUACCAUUAUCUACGAUCGAAAUUUUACAACAAACGACCAAUGAAUCUAUACUACCUAUAAUCGAAGAAAUUUCACCAGUAUCUACAAACGAAAAUCUACCACAAACUACCGAUGAAUCUAUAUUACCUAUAAUCGAAGAAAUUUCACCAGUAUCUACAAACGAAGAUCGACAACAAACUACGAAUGAAUCUAUAUUACCUACAAUCGAAGAAAUUUCACCAGUAUCUACAAACGAAGAUCAACAAAAAACUACCAAUGAAUCUAUACUACCUAAAAUCGAAGAAAUUUCACCAAUACCUACAAACAAAGAUUUACCACAAACUACGAAUGAACUUGUACCAACUGUUAUCGAUAAAAUUCCAUCCGAGCCUAUGGAAGAUACUAAUGAAGUUCUCUUACCUACUACGAAUGAAGUUGUACCAACUAUUCAAAAUGAAGAAAAUAUACAAUCAAUAUCACCUUCUCCACGUGUUAGUUAUUCUCCAGAAUUACCACAACUGGAUGAUGAUCCAGUAGUAUUUUCACUCGAUAGUUUACAAAUUCCAGUAACUGAUACUUCGGAUACAAUUCCACAAGAUUGUAUUAUUAUUGUACCAUGUUCAGAUGACGACGAUGAUCUUGACGAUGAAGAAAUCAAUAAAAAUAAUAUUAAUAAAAAUGAUACAGAUAAUAAAACUCUCGAAUCUUUAUCUUCACCAUUUAAAAUGAAUAUAUCUCCUAUUUUAUCUAAUCCAUCAUUAAAACGUGUUCUAACAAAUACAAGUUCUUUAAAUUCUCAUCGUUCAUCAACAUCAUCAUGUUCAUCAAUAUCUACAUCUAUUUUUCAUAAUCAAAGUCCUCGAUUACCACUUCCUUUAAUUGAAAUUAUCAUACCACAAAAAAUUUUAAAUAAAAAACAACAUAAAUUAAAUCAAACAAUAACUUUUAAUCGAUUUAAUUUACAUAUACCAUUAUUUGUACAUGAACCAUUAAUUGAUCCUCGUUUAAUAUAUCGUUUACAAACUCUAACAACAGAUCUUCGUUGGCCUAGUUCUUGUAAUCAAUGUUCAAUAUCAGCACAACUUUCACCAUUAUUUCAUUCUUCAACACAAAUGAUAUCAUAUGAACAAAACUAUUUAUCAGAUUUUAUUGAUCCACGUCGUGAAUCAUUAAAACAAGCUAUAUUAAAUAUUAUAUAUCAACGUAUAAAAAUUUUAGUACCUCAUAUGUCCAUCAUGCAUUCGAAUCAAUUUCAAAAACUUUUAUUUGAACAAACUAUAUUUAAAACCAAUUGUUCAAUACAUCUUGAAUAUCUUUUACAUAAAAUAAAAAUAAUUGAUGAUAUAAAUUUUUUUCAUAUGAUUAAAAAUCAUGAAGAAUUUCAAUUAUCAUCUUCUCUCUUACAACUUAUUUUUACUUAA